UAACAGCCUAAGCAUUACGAAACUUCUAAUAGAUCAAAUAAGCCUCACGUAUCAAAAUAGAAAUGCAUUUUUUAAUAUUGAAUAAAUUCGACACUAAAUGUCUCCCAUACAAAAACUCUUCACUUGCUUAAUAAUUAAUUAUUUGCUGAACGUGGAGAGAUUUUGGGCGGAGUAAACCCUCUCGUGUUGCCUCUUCCUCUCCGAUUUGGCUCAAAUAAGAAGAGGCGUGAACGUCGGGUGGCUUUGCUGUUGAACAGGUCAUGUCGGUAAAGAUGGAAAUGGAUGUCAGUGGCGUGUCCAGGACACCCAUCUCUGUUCUACCUGCUGCUGCAGAGGUCAAAGCCAUGCUGAAACCCGAUACGGGGGACAGGCCCCGCUGUGCCAGCACCCCCUGCUCCCCCAUCAAAAGUACUGUUUCAGGCUUCCAGAUCCUCCACAUGGACUCCAACUACCUAGUCGGCUUCACCACCGGCGAGGAGCUGCUAAAACUAGCCCACAAGUGGUCUCCCAACCCAGAGAAGACCCUUAUCACCACACCGACCACCACAACGUCAACAGCAUCAGAGGCCUUGCCCAGUUCUGUCCCCAAACCCAUGGACCUGGGCACCCACCGGGCGUCGCGCAUCUACAAAGCCAAAAACCGCUACUACCAGCCAUACGACAUCCCCGUGGUCAACGGGCGCCGGCGGAGGCGCAUGCCCAGCUCAGGUGACCCCUACCUCAGGCCCCUGUCCCAGGGGGAGGGUGGCCCAGGGAGGGCCCUGCACCACGGCCCCCUGCCCCUCUGCCUUCUCAAGGGGAAGAGGGCCCAGUCCAAGUCCCUGGACUACCUCAACCUGGACAAAAUGAGUGUCAAGCAGCCUCCGGCCGACACAGAGGUGCUGCAGUUCCAGCUCCAGCACCUGACGCUGCGGAGCGAGCGCAUGUUCACCAGGAACAAGACAUGAAGCAACACCRGUCACCACCCGCCUGUUCUCUCAUCCACUCCCGUGGGAUUUGRGUGCUAUUUCCGGCUGUGCGUUUCUCUCCCUACUCAGAUCAUAGGAUAGUCCUUUAAGGGGACACUUGUGGAGACCACUAAUCUUGUUAUUAUUAUGAAGCGAGGGUGACAAACUAAGCGGGUCUCUUGACGAAAUGAGACGCAUGCUAACGUAUACGUAAAAAUCCAGUGAACACAAAUUGUUAAGUUAGUACACUGAAAACGGGGGUCUUUUAGAUACAAAAAUGUGAAGUUCGUCAGGAUUAGCAAUAACUGGUAAACUUAUUUAUUGACAAUGUUUGUGUGUGUGGUGUGUGUGUGUUGGUGUGUGUGUGUGUGUGUGUGUGUGUGCGUGCGCGCGCACCUUUUUAAAAAUGGUAAGGGAUGUGUAACCAAUGCCUCUCAAACUGGCCCCAUUUUCCGGAUUUGGACUGCACUGUUAGACAUAUUAUGUUUUUACAGACCUUGCAUCCUCAACUACAGCACACCUUUACUUUUUAACCACUAUACAUCCAUAGCAAUUAGCAUUAGCCGCAGCASUACUGCACUAUAMAUCCAUAGCAAUUAGCAUUAGCCGCAGCAGUACYGCACUCUACAUCCAUAGCAAUUAGCAUUAGCCCCAGCAGUACUGCACUAUACAUCCAUAGCAAUUAGCAUUAGCCCCAGCAGUACUGCACUAUACAUCCAUAGCAAUUAGCAUUAGCCUGAGCAGUACUGCACUUUACAUCCAUACCAAUUAGCAUUAGCCCCAGCAGUACUGCACUUUACAUCCAUACCAAUUAGCAUUAGCCCCAGCAGUACUGCACUAUACGUCCAUAGCAAUUAGCAUAAGCCAAAACAGUACUGCGCUAUACAUCCGUAGCAAUUAGCAUUAGCCCCAGCAGUACUGUAUGUAAGCUACUGUAUGUCUGUAUGUGUGUGGAUGUAUAGGGACGGCAGGUAGCCUAGUGGUUAGAGUGUUGGACCAGUAAC